AUGUGAUGUAAAAAACAACUGAAACACAACUUAAAUAACUUUCUCUGCUACUAAACAAUCUGCUUUCAUCCAUCCACAAGAUGUUCUCAACACUAUAACGUACAAACGAGAUUUGAAGGAGACCCUGCCCACAGCUCUGAGGAGGCAGGAAGUGUUUAUAUCCUGAUACUAUUAUUGGCGUUGACUGAGUUAUUGUCGUGAUGUAUCGGCAGCCUGUGCUGAAGAACAGGCGCACUCUCCUCGAGAGAGCAGAGAAGUUUAUCUCUAAUAUAUAUUUCACAGACUGCAACCUGAGAGGACGCCUCUAUGGAGACUCUUGCCCGCUCGAGUCCCUCGCCUCCUUCUUGUCCUCUAAACGGAUCACAUUCACGGAAGCUUCCAAGCAGAACUUUGCACCUUAUAAAGUGGGUGAUACCUUUGGACCGACGUGGUGGACUUGCUGGUUUAAAGUGACCCUGAAAAUCCCAGAGUCUUGGAGAGGGAAGGAGGUUCAUCUUCUGUGGGAAAGUGAUGGAGAAGCGAUGGUUUGGAGAGAUGAACAGCCAGUCCAGGGCCUGACGAAAGAGGGUGAAAAGACGAGUUACAUCCUGUCUGAUUGCCUGAAAGAUGAGGAGCCACACAGUGUCACCCUUUAUGUCGAGGUUGCCUGUAAUGGGCUUUUCGGAGCCGGUCAAGGUUCCAUGAUUGCAGCCCCAGAUCCGGACAGGAUGUUUUCCGUACAGAAAGCUGAGCUGGUGGUUUUUAAUCAGGAUGUACAAGAACUGCUGACUGAUUUUGAGAUGCUGAUUGACAUCGUAAAGGAACUCGGAGAGGGAGAGCAACGAGGCUACCAGGCUCUGUUCACUGUCAAUGAGAUGGUGAACCUGUGUGAUCCCUUCGAUCCCAGCUCCUUCUCCAAAGCACACAGUCUAGCUCACAACUUCUUCAGACAGCGGAACGGAGAAAGCCAGCACACUGCUCACGCGAUGGGUCACUGUCACAUAGACUCAGCUUGGUUGUGGCCCUAUGAAGAAACCAUUCGUAAAUGUGGCCGAAGCUGGGUGACAGUGAUCCGUUUAAUGGAGAAGAACCCAGAGUUUGUUUUUACUUGCUCUCAGGCUCAGCAGUUCCAGUGGGUCAAGAGUUGGUACCCAGGACUCUUCUCUGAGAUUCAGCAUUACGUCAAGAAAGGCCAAUUCAUUCCAGUUGGAGGAGCAUGGGUGGAAAUGGAUGGCAAUCUGCCUUCAGGUGAGUCCAUGGUUCGGCAGUUCCUGGAAGGUCAGCGCUUCUUUAACAAUGAGUUUGGGAUCCACUGCAAAGAGUUCUGGCUCCCAGAUACAUUUGGUUACUCAGCCCAACUUCCUCAAAUAAUGCAGGGCUGUGGUAUUUCCAAUUUCUUGACACAGAAGCUCAGCUGGAACUUGGUCAACACCUUUCCUCAUAACACAUUUUUCUGGGAAGGUCUGGAUGGCUCCAAGGUUUUAACACACUUCCCACCUGGAAAUUCUUAUGAGAUGAAGGGCAAGGUUGAAGACCUGGUGAAAACUGUGAAGAAUAACAAAGACAAAGGCAGAGCCAAUCACAGUGCAGUAUUGUUCGGUUUCGGCGAUGGCGGAGGGGGACCCACACAGCUGAUGCUAGACAGACUGCACCGGAUGCAGGACACGGAUGGACUUCCCAAGGUGCAGAUGUCCAGUCCUGAGAAGUUAUUCUCUCAGCUUCAGGCUGACUCAGCUCUGCUUUGUACUUGGACCGGAGAGCUCUUCCUUGAGCUGCAUAACGGCACCUACACCACACAGGCACAGAUUAAGCGAGGGAACCGCCAGUGUGAGACCCUGCUUCAUGACAUUGAGAUAGCCAGCAGCUUGGCACUGUGUCGGGACAGGACUUUUCAGUAUCCUGUGGAAAAACUGCAGGAGCUCUGGAGGUUGCUUCUUCUGAAUCAAUUCCACGAUGUGAUUCCUGGCAGCUGUAUAGAGAUGGUUGUGGAGGAUGCACUCAGGUAUUAUGAAGAUAUCCGCAGUGAUGGUGCUACACUGCUGCAUGAUGCCUGUGGAGUCUUGGGGUCAAAGGGCAACACUGCUGGUGUGUUCAACUCUCUGCCAUGGGAGCGCCAUGAAGUCAUCCAGAUUCAAGACGGCGCUGCUAAACCUAAUCUGGCUCUAGUGAGAGUCCCCAGCAUCGGUUUGUCUCCUGUCAAAGACACACAGCCUGUGACCCCAGUCUCUGUCACUGUUCAAGCUGACGGCACUGUCCUCAUGAAGAACGGGAUUUUACAGACUGUCAUAAACAAAGAUGGCACUUUGGCAUCAUUGUAUCUGAUCAAUGCAAACAGAGAAGCCAUCUCUGACAGCUGUCAUGGGAACCAGUUUGUUAUGUUUGACGAUGUCCCUCUGUACUGGGAUGCUUGGGAUGUAAUGGACUACCAUCUACAGACCAGGAAGCCGGUGUUAGAGGUGGUGAAGCCGGCUCAUGUGGUGUCCUCAGAUGGGCUCCGUGGCAGUGUCAGCGUCACUCUCAGGAUCAGUGAUAAGAGCACUAUCACACAGGAGAUUGUCCUGGACGCCAUGUGUCCUUACAUCAAGUUCAACACAGAGGUGAUCUGGGCAGAGUCUCACAAGUUCCUCAAGGUGGAAUUCCCUGUCCGAGUACGUAGCGCCAAUGCUACCUAUGAGAUUCAGUUUGGUCAUCUGCAGAGACCGACACACAGGAACACUUCAUGGGAUUGGGCCAGAUUUGAGGUUUGGGGUCACAAAUGGGCUGAUUUGUCUGAGCACAACUUUGGAGUUGCACUGCUGAAUGACUGCAAAUACGGAUAUUCAGUCCACAACAACACCAUGACACUGUCCCUAUUGAGAGCACCCAAGGCCCCAGAUGUCAAUGCUGACAUGGGGACUCAUCAUUUCACGUAUGCAAUCAUGCCACACACAGGCUCCUUCCAAGAUUCCUCUGUCAUCCAGUGUGCAUACAACCUCAACUUUCCUUUGAGGUCACUCCAGUGCGCUUCUGACACAGUCCCCUGGAGUGCAUUUUCUGUCAACAGCUCAGCGGUCAUCCUUGAGACAAUCAAACAGGCCGAAGACAGGAAGAGCGCACUUGUAGUCCGGCUUUUUGAGUCACACGGGAGCAGCGUGACCGCGACUCUCUGCACCACACUUCCAGUCAGGGAAGCCUGGCAUUGUGAUCUCUUGGAAAGACCAGACCAGCCUGCACGUAUCACAUCAGAGGGACUUCCUUUGAAAUUCAACCCCUUUCAAAUUGUUUCACUUCUCCUAAUCUUGUAAUAGAUAUUGCAUUUAGCAAGCAUCACAGUAGUCACAAAUUAAACAGACACUUUGCUACUAUGGUAGAAAUUAAUUAAAUGCUAUAAAAUGUAUCAUCUGGUGCUGUUCUAUUGAAUUGAACUUUUCAUAGAAGACAAUUGUGAUUGCUUUUCAUCAAAUCAAUAAAGAUUUGCAGAACUUUUGUAAA